AGUUUAUUAUAAAAAAUUUUCCAGACUUCAAAUUUAGUUUAAAUAAUCUUGGUGAUUUACGUAUCCUCAUUAGAAUUGUCGUAUUUUUUGAAUUGUGCAAAAUGUCGUACGCAUAUUUGUUCAAAUAUAUUAUCAUCGGAGAUACCGGCGUCGGAAAGUCGUGUCUUCUGUUACAAUUUACCGACAAAAGAUUUCAACCUGUCCACGAUUUAACGAUCGGUGUCGAAUUCGGCGCUCGGAUGAUCACAAUUGACGGAAAACAGAUAAAACUACAAAUAUGGGAUACAGCAGGCCAAGAGUCAUUUCGUUCAAUCACAAGGUCAUAUUAUCGUGGAGCCGCAGGCGCUCUACUCGUUUAUGACAUCACAAGACGUGAUACUUUCAACCAUCUGACGACGUGGCUAGAGGACGCUCGACAACAUUCCUCAUCUAAUAUGGUUAUCAUGUUAAUCGGAAAUAAAAGCGAUCUGGAAGCUCGACGUGAAGUCAAAAAGGAAGAAGGAGAAGCGUUUGCACGGGAGCAUGGUCUCGUAUUCAUGGAGACAUCUGCAAAGACAGCGGCAAACGUAGAAGAUGCAUUCAUUGAUACAGCCAAAGAGAUUUACGAAAAAAUUCAGGAAGGGGUUUUUGACAUCAACAACGAAGCAAACGGGAUUAAAAUUGGCCCCCAGCACUCCCCUUCAUCAUCAGGCCUUUCAGGGAAUCGUCCCCGGCAACAGAGCGACGGUGGGGGAUGCUGUUAAGAUUUCCUCUCAUAUUAAAGUGGUUAAAAUAAAGACUUACUGACAAAAUUAGCGGGAUUUCUUUUGCAAUAGCAUUUUUAAUGUAUAAAAAGGCUUUAAUAAUGAUGUUUAAGCCAACCCUGCUUACUGUGCUACCACCAGAGUUUCUUAUAAUUGUCUGUUCUGUGUUGGGUUUUAUUCAUCCAUGUUUGAAAUAAAAAAAUUAUGACAUUUAUAAAAAGUAUGUGUCUGUGGGACCAACUUAUGCUUUUGCACUGGUGGAUUUGUAAUGCAAGGAGGCUGUAACAAAUCAAAGAUCGCUAUUCUAAGACAUUCAAGAAUCUUGCUGCACAAUUGACAAUUCAUACUUUUACUUUAGAAGUCUAAAACUUUGUCCUGGUUUAAAGGCUCCCGAUAACCAAAAAAAAUUCCACUUGACUGAUUCCAAUAUAUUCAAAUAUUUUUAUAUUUAUCAGGAAAUACUUCUUAAUUAUAUAGCGAAUUACACCCUUCGCUCCAGUUAAUGUCACGAAUAAGAAUUAUUAACCAAUUAAAUAAUAAAUGGGUAAAUCUAGCAAGAUUUUUUGACUGAGUUGGUGACAUGUUUCACUUUUCAUCUGAGAAACUCUGUGGGGUUCGCAAAACGGUUUUAAGUACGUGACCACCGGCCUUUGUAUAUAUUUGUUUCUUGCACUAUUAAAGUUUCCUUGUAUAAGUCUAUAUGUCUGUUAAAAUGUGGAAAACUUUUCUUACAAUUUGCAGUCCUAUCUGUUUUCGUGGUAGCACUGAUUUCAGUUUGAAAUAUUGGUAUUUCGCUUAAGUUAGAGAUUUAAUUACUUUUCUGCAUUUAGUUGUAAUUUUCAGACCAAUACUUGGUCAUGGUAGCGCUGAUUUUUAAAUUAAUUUCCCUGUAAAAAUGGAUAUGACCAGUAUAUCUGCCCGAUUCAAUUAUUUAAAGAUUAUUCCAAAUUUGAAAAUCAUUUUAAAUUCAAAAUAGAUUUAUACUGUAUAGUGGCUUGGAAGUAAAAUUUCCGUCAUGUACAAACUAUCUGACUUUUUGUUGUACUUUCCUUUCUAAUGCUAUAGAAAAAACUGCCCCUUUUUCUAUGGCAAUCGAAAUAAUGUUGUAAACACUGUUUCCAAAGUGGGGUCCAAGACUAACACAGAGCCUUGUUCAAAUUUUCAGAAAUUCAUUUCAAAGAAUUUGAAUUUUAUUUACUCAUGGACAUUUUUAAUGGCUGCCAAGGUGACAUCUACAGGGCCUAGUCUAGAGCCAAAUUUUGACACAAUGAAUAAAAACGUCUUAAUAAUAAAAAUUCUUCUGUUUAAAUAUGAAUCCUGCAGUUUCUAGUGGGCCAUCCUAUAUAAAACCUUUUCUUCAUUUAUGCUUAUAUGUUGUCUACUGUAUAAAUAUCCCUUGGUACGUCUGAUUUAUGCUAGACUCUAUCCAUCUUUAUCAGUUUUUGUUAUAAUAAUUUUUUUUGAUUGUUGGAAAUUUUGUUCUUUGUGCCCAGGGAUGACUGAAAUAAAGGCUGUGGUGUUCAGAAAAUGUUUAGGCGUCCAAUAGGAAUAAAUCUUGGGUGACGAAUGUUUGGAGAGCAGGGGCUCUCCAAAAUAAAUAGCUUAAUAUGGUGAUAUUUUUCUGAUUCUUCAAUUUUAAAAUUGGCAAAAAAUAACUUUGUUUUUGGAUAUAACCUAAUUUUUCGAAUGGUAUAUAUUUCGUGUAUUUUAAAACUACCAUCAAUUCACUUGACAUGCCUUAAACAAAAUGCUAUAUUUCAGUUUUUGCCAUCCAUGUAGUAUCUGGGAAAAUUUACAUUCAGCAUCAUGUUGAGAAAAAUUCGACCCUGACUGGCAAUUAUAAACACUUUUGACUCAACUUCGAACUCUAAAAAAAAUCCAUUUUUGACAAUGAAAACUCUUUGUAUUCAAGCCUCCUUUAACUUUUGAGUCCCUGAGAAAAUUUUCUCUCUAUUUAUCCCCAUUGAUAUUCUGGGAAAUUCAAAAUUUAGAUGCUGACCCUGAACAGUUUGAAAACAUGUCAAACUAAGAGUCCCGGUCCUGGUUUUAGCCAUCCCUAUGUUUGGGUAAAAGCUACUAUCUUUGGCUUAUACAUAUGAUGGAUAUUGCAUUUGUUAGAUGUGCAAUUUUUCCGCCCCUGUAUGUACUGUAUUGUAUAUUAUUAUUAUUAUUGUGCGUAAAGUAGAAAGAAAAUAAUAAAUGUAAAUUGUUUUAAA